AUGGUCGAACUUUGCUCUUCAACCAGCUGCGAUUCCUUGAAGAUACACCAGAGGUUACUCGAGUCUAAAAGCGAAGUCGUGGCUGCCGCAUUCCAGCGCGAUUUUCCAGAAUGCCAUUCUAGGUGUUACACGUUCACCGAGACCGCUCAUGUCACAGUGUCCCAGUUUAUCGAAUGGGCAUAUAGUGGGGACUAUACUGACGUGAAUCCUAUGCCUAUCCACAAGCCUUGGGAGAAACAACCCGGAAAUCCUCCAGAGCCAACAACUCCAGGGCCGCUGGAUGAACUUUCGGAGGAGAGCAAGGUCUUACCCGCGCACACACUGCUAUCUCAUCUACAUGUCUACGUAUUCAGCCAUGUUUAUCAAGUCUCAAAGCUCAAAGAGCUGGCGUUUGAUAAAUUUACGACGGUCCUGAAGGAUAUGGGAAAGCCAACAAAAAUCGAUGAGCAGCUUGCGGUCAUUGAUUGUCUUGAGGUUGUAUUUUCGAAAGUGGAUCGCUAUGAUGGGCUUCGAGGGUGGCUAGCUCAAUAUGCUGCUUGGUGCUUGGAUACUUUACGUCUUCAAGGCAAAUUUCAUGGUCUGCUGCGGAGGGUGCUGGCCCUUAGUUCGCGCAUGAUGGAAUCACUGAGCCCAGCAAAAGAAGCUCCUUGGAACACGAAGUCGUGCAAUUACUGUGUCCCACCUUAUGAUACCCGUACUAGCUUCGAUGAAGAGAGUGGAUAUUAA